AUGACUUCGCUCGUCGCGCCGCUGCUGCUCGCGCGCACACCGCCCAUCAAGGAGCGAUCGUCGUGCCCACACAUGCCACCGACGUCCGGGCCAAGCAUGGCUCGCGACACGCUCAACUUCUGCCACGUCCUCAUGCGCGCGCGCCGCCUCGGGCUCUCCAACUCGUCGCUCUUUGUCGACGUGGGCGCGGACGUGGGCACCGAGGCGCGCCUCGCGCGCGGCUUCGGCCACCCGGUCGUGAGCUUCGAGUGCCGAGGCGCCCAUUGGCUAAAAAUGUCAUCGCGCCCGGCCUUUGCAGACGACGCCGGGAUGCGCCUGGUGCAUGCGUGCGUGAGCGACCGCAACGGCCUGGGCGUGCUGCACAAGGCGAUGGACUCCAGCAGCUUCGUCAAGAUCGACGUCCAGGGCGUCGAAGGCGCCGUGCUCACGGGCGCGCUCGGCGUACUGCGCGAGCACGCGCCGUUUAUCUUCUAUGAGGACUCGAUGCUUCCGACAGAGGACCGGAAGGGCGUGCUGCUCGCGCGGCUGCUCGCGCCCUCGGGCGGGCUCUCGUAUGUGUGCGAGUGCGACAACGACUGCUUCUGCCAGCCGACUGGUGGCCGCCGAGGACCGAGGGGCUGA